AUGUCAACAAAUACUACAGUGCCAUCGAUUGAAACAUUACUAAAUAUUGUUAAUACUUAUAAUCGAUAUGUUUUGGAUUUAAAUUUAAUUUCAAAAUCAAGUUUUUAUUAUUUUUUUCUAUUAAUUCAUCCUCAAAAUAUUCAUUCAUUAACACUUUCGAACGAUGAACGAACAUCAGAUCAAAUAGGUUUGUUUAUAUCACUUGCUCAUCUUCGGCAGUUUACUGGACUUUGCUCAUUAACUGUUCUUGAUAUUGAUGAAUCGCAAUUAAACUUCAUUUUGAAAAGAAUCAAUCUUAAUUUACUCAAUUCAUUCUCAUUCAAUAUUAGCAAAUACCGUAAUAGACUCAUAGAAACAACUACAGCUCUUCCUAAAUUGGAAUUCUCGUGUUUUGAUGGAAUUCCAAAGGUUCCAUGGUCAAUCAAUUUUAUAACCAAGUAUUUGACUACAAAUAAUCGCUUAAAUAUAGGUGAUCUUUGUACAAUACUCCAAUAUUCUCCUCAUUUACAUACACUCAUUAUGAGCGAAAUUCCAAAAGGGGUGAUUAAUAAUUUAGCUUCAAUGUGCGUUCGACAGUUAAAAUCGUUAUCUAUCAAAAAUCUUUCUGUAACUAUUAACGAACUUGAAUUAUUUCUCUUAUUGACACCAUCAUUUGUCUAUUUAAAAUUGAUUGGUGUAGGACAAAUGUUAGAUGGUAAACGAUGGGAGCAAUUUAUUGGAAUAAAUUUAUCUGAACUUGGCAAAUUUGAAUUUUAUUUCGACCAAUGA